ACUGAGCUGAGACGCCAUCACAGGGCGUCAGAUCUCUGCUGAAAAACACACAUUUGGAGGAUUUUAAUCAGACGGUUCAACAAACAGCAGUUUGGUGAGUUACAGAUACUCAAAGAUCAAAUGGCUGAGAAACUUCUUGAAAGUUACCUGAGCUGCCACGUGUGCUCAGAGACUUUCAGAGAUCCUGUGUCUCUGAGCUGCGGCCACAGCUUCUGUUCAAGCUGCCUGCAGAAAUUCUGGGAACAAGCUAAAAACAAAAACUGUCCCAUUUGUAAAAGAAGAUCCUCAAAGGAUCUUCCAGAUGUGAACUUUACUCUGAAAGAACUUGCUGAUUCAUUUGCUGGCAGACAGAAAGCUGGAUCAUCUGAGACAGAAAAGGGAGAGAAGAAAUUAAUGUCAGUGUGCAGUAAACACCAAGAAGAGCCUAAACUGUUCUGUGUGGAUGAAGAUAGAGCUGUGUGUCCUGUGUGUGAGUUUUCUCUCCAUCAGAGUCACAAAGUGGUUCCUGUAGAAGAAGCAGUCAGUGACCUGAAGGAGCAGCUGAAAUCUGCCUUAAAGUCUCUGCAGGACAAGAGGAACAAAUACAAACAAGUGGAGAAAACCUACAAUGAAGUGAUUGAACACUCCAAGAAGCAGCUGUUGUCCACAGAGAGGCAGAUCAGAGCAGAGUUCAACAAGCUCCACCAGUUCCUGAGAGAGGAAGAGGAGUCCAGACUGGCAGCUCUGAGGGAGGAAGAGGAGCAGAAGGGGAGGACUAUGAGCAGAGAGAUGAAGAUGAUUGAGGAGCAGAUCUCCUCUCUGUCAGACAGCAUCUCUGCUGUUGAAGAAGAGCUGCAGAAACACAGCGUGCCAUUCCUCAGCAGUUAUAAAGCCACUCAGAGCAGAGCCAGAGCCCAGAGCUCACUGUCAGAUCCACAGCUGCUCUCAGGAGCACUGAUAGAUGUGGCCAAACACCUGGGAAACCUGUCCUUCAGAGUGUGGGAGAAGAUCAAGGAGAAGCUCCACUUCAGUCCUGUCAUUCUGGACCCAAACACUGCAAACCCCUGUCUCUGUCUGUCUGAUGAUCUGACCAGUGUGAGACGUGGAGACACAAAGCAGCAGCUUCCUGACAAUCCAGAGAGAAACACUAAGUAUGCCGAUGUUUUUGGCUCUGAGGGCUUCAGCUCAGGGAAACACAGCUGGGAGGUGGAGGUGGGAGACCAUCCUGACUGGACUGUGGGUGUAGUUAAAGAGUCAGUCGACAGGAAGGUAAAGCUUUUCAUCACACCAGAAUAUGGAAUCUGGUGUUUAAAUCAUGACAGUGGAAAAUACACUAAUGGUUGUGGUCAGACUGUGACAGUGAAGAAGAGUCUCCAGAGGAUCAGAGUCCAGCUGAACUAUGACAGGGGGAAGGUGUCCUUCUACAACCCUGAAGACAUGACUCACAUCUACACUCACAGACACACUUUCACUGAGAAACUCUUCCCAUAUUUCAGUGUUGGAAAAUCAGGAGACGCCAAAACCUGUGAUAUCCAAAUGUGUCAGAUUUCACAGUAAAGUGAUUCUUUUUUAA